AUGAACGAGAAACUCGGAUCUUUGUUUAAAUCUCUUGAAGAAUAUCAGAAGACUAAAAAAUAUUACGAGAAAGCACUUGCCAUCGCGAUAGAAGUUGGUGAUAGACAAAAAGAAGGAAGAAUGAACAGGAGGCUCGGAAAUGUAUUUUAUUACCUUGGCGAAUAUAAGAAGUCUAAAGAAUAUGCCGAGAAAGCACUUGCCAUCAUGAUAGAAAUUGGCGACAAACAUGAGGAAGGAGCAACAUACGAGUGCCUAGGAGGUGUGUUUAAUUCCCUUGGCAAAAAUCAGAAUGCUAAAGAAUAUUGCAUGAAAGCACUUGCCAUCGCGAUAGAAAUUGGCGACAGAAGAGGAGAAAGUGCAACAUACGGGUGCCUUGGAACUGUGUUUCACUCCCUUGGCGAAUGUCAGAGGGCUAAAGAAUAUCAAGAGAAAGCACUUGCCAUUGCGAUAGAGAUUGGCGACAGACGAGGGGAAGGAACCAGAUGCAACGACCUUGGAGCUGUGUUUUCUUCCCUUGGCGACAAGCAAAAGGCCAAAGAAUACUACGAGAAAUCACUUGCCAUUGCUAUAGAAAUUGGCCACAGAAGAGGAGAAGGAAGAAGAAACGGGAACCUCGGAGCUGUGCUUUAUUCCCUUACUAAAGAAUAUUUUGAAAAGGCAGUCGACGUCAGUAGAGCAAUUGGUCACCGAAAGUCAGAAGCUUCUGCUCUUACCGGUUUAGCAAGUGUUUUUGCUUCUGUCAAUGAAAAUCUGAAAGCCAAAGAACAUUGUGAGAAGGCGCUUACCAUCAGCAGAGAAUGUGAAUAUAGAGAUCUCGAAGCAAAAAUUUACAUUACCCUUGGCGAAAUAUACCACUCGCUUCAUGAAUGUGGUAAGGCAGAAGAUUGUUUGGAGAAAGCUUACUCUAUAAGCAGUCAAACUGGAAACAAAUUAAAAGAGUUUGAAAGCCUUCUCAAUAUUACACGGCUCAAGGUAUCGCAUUCACAGGUUGCGGAGGCAAAGGAUUAUCUCAUUCAAUGUAUUGGAAAAUACGAGCAAAUCAGAACUUGCCUGGAAGGAAACAGUGAAUUUAAAAUUUCUUUGUUGGAGGAACACGGCACUUUUCCCUACAAGUUACUCAGUCGCUUGCUUUGCGAUACUGAACAAUUUCAAGAUGCUCUCUACGUUGAGGAACUGGGACGAGCGAGAGUCCUCGCAGAAUUAAUUGCAGACAAGAACUCCGUGGAAAGCCACAUCUCAGCUAAUCCAAACACAUGGUUCGGGAUUGAAAACGUCGUGAAAAGAGAAACUAACUGUGUUUUUCUGUAUAUUUCGUACGAAGAGCGGCAAGUUCUUCUCUGGGUAUUGAAAGCAAAUGGAGACACUUUCUUUCGAAAAUCAAACGAAGUAGAAUUAAACACUCUUGAUGCUGAACAAGUUUGCGAUGUGGAAGGAAUUUUUAAAAAGAGCGCGGCUGGCUUCGGCGUUUUACCCACAAGCAACUGUGAAGAUCGAUCUUUAGAUGACAACGUGACGACAUCUCCUCAUGGAAAGAGCCGAACAAGUUUACCAGUUGAACAAACCAAAGAUACCGAAAGAAUUCAUCAUUUGUGCUACGAAUGGAUCGUCGCACCUGUGGCACAUUUACUUACAGAGCCUGAAAUAAUCAUUGUCCCGGAUCGUUUUUCGUACCGAGUCCCAUUUGCUGCCUUGCGUGAUAACCCUGCCGGAAAGUAUUUGUCGGAGAGGUACAGACUACGCAUUGUCCCUUCCCUGAGGACCCUCCAACACAUUCAAGAAUGUCCAGUGGACUAUCACAGUCAAACUGAUGCACUGAUAGUGGGUGAUCCCAAGGUUGGCGAAGUGUAUUAUAAUGGGCGUCUCCUUGACGUUACACCAUUGCUCUGUGCAAACAAGGAAGCAAGGAUGGUUGGUGAACUGCUGGGCGUUGAGCCUUUGUUGGGAGGGCGCGCAACAAAGCAGGCGGUACUUCAAGCAAUUUCCUCAAGGAAGACUACCUCCUAA